UCAAAGCUGUGUAGAAGAAGAAGAAGAAGAAACUCCAUCACGGUCGGUUCGCUCUUGCACAUUGACAGUUCUCAGGAUUUUUCUCCCCGAAAAAAGUGAUCCGUGUGCGAUAAAUCCGUGUCGUGAGUGCCCCCAAAAGUCUCAAAAUCUAUUCUCAGUGUCCCGGGGCGUGUGUGUGCGAUAGUGCUGUGAGCGGGGUGUGCGGGAAAGUGGCAAAAAGUGAGGUGGAAAAAUGUUGUGUAACUCGUUGCUGGAAUAAAGCAGGCGCACAUCUUGCGUUUCUGUUUCAUCCCCUCGCCCCCCAUUGAGAUUCCUUGCCAUUUGGCGCUCCCGGAGAGCCAAGUGCCCCUCAUCUCGCCUGGCUGGAGCUUUAAUGAGGCGCCCCCCGUGGUAGCUGUGACAAGUGCUGAGUAGUGUGCUGGCGAUUUUCAUGAAAUUUACUAUCACUUUAAAAUUUCCUGAAAUUUCACUGAAGAUCUCAUGAAAUUUUAAAAGAAAAAUGAAAAAUUGCUUUUUCUCGCUCCCAAAUUGUAAAUUUUCAUGAAAAUUCGUCUAAAAUAUUUGGAUAGAGAUCCCAACCAAAAGUGCUUUUUGAGGAAAAAUCAAAGGAAAAAGAAUAAGUUAGAGAAAAAGUGUGAGUGUUAGUGAGAUCAUGGCUCUGGACGCCCGCAACAACUCGGCCCUCUUCAAGCGGGCCGAGCAGCUGAAACGCUGGGAAGAGUCGGACACAAACCAGGCGCCCGCGGUGCCCAAAAACGCCCACGCGCGCAAGGUUAAAUUCAGCGCCGGGUGUGUAUUCCUGGCAGCCUGCAUGGCUGGUGACAAAGAGGAAGUGCUGCGUCUGCUGGACCAGGAGAAUGCCGAUAUCAACACGUGCAACGUGGAUGGACUCACGGCUCUACAUCAAGCUUGCAUCGAUGACAAUUUGGAUAUGGUGGAGUUUCUGGUGGAGCACGGAGCCGAUGUCAAUCGUGCCGACAAUGAAGGCUGGACACCUCUUCAUGCCACAGCUUCCUGCGGAUUCGUCAGCAUAGCGCGGUACUUAGUUGAGAGUGGAGCUGAUUUGUCGUUGGUCAGUAGCGAUGGGGAGCUUCCAAUUGAUCUCUCGACGUCCAAUAGCAUGGAAGAUCUUCUGCAGAAGCAUAUUGACGAGCAGGCGAUUGAUUGUGAGGAAGCUCGUUCGCGGGAGGAGAAGAUGAUGCUGAAGGAUGCUAAAAUGUGGCUGAGGAGUGAUGCUGCGGAGGUGGAUCGACCACAUCCGCGGACAGGAGCAACAGCACUCCAUGUGGCCGCUGCUAAGGGUUACACCAGGGUCCUGAGUCUUUUGCUUGCGGGACGAGCUAAUGUGGAUAAACAGGACAACGAUGGAUGGACACCACUUCAUGCUGCGGCUCACUGGGGCCAGAAGGAGGCUGCUCAGAUGCUCAUCACAUCACUGGCUGACAUUGACACGAAGAAUUUUGCCGGACAGACAGCGAUUGAUGUGGCUGAUGUGACGCUGGCGCGGUAUCUGGAUGAGAUUCGGAAGAAGAAGAACAAGAGGCGGCCUGGCAGUCAAACAAGAAUCCAAGACAAUAUGGAUUCAAAUAAUGAAACUCCUCCCAAGGUGAUUCGUGUGGAAGUGAAGCCAGAAUUGAAAGAUGAAGAGAGACCGAAAGCUCCGAGUGAACAGAUAUCCAAUCGUCCGGAAAUAAUUGAGGAGGAUUCUAACACUUGGAGACGACCAGGAAUUACAGCCACAAAGGCACGUGGACAGCCAGAAAGUCCACCGAAAAGUCAAGCAACAGACAAAGAGGUUCAACCAACGGACUCCGAAGUGAUAUUGAGACGAACACAGAGUUUUGAGCAUGAUGAAAAAUUUUAUCAAAAAUACCGAGAACUUCGUGCAAGAAUCAAGGCAAAUUCCUGCCCAGUCCUUCCGGCAACGCCGACAACGGGUGUUGGCGGGCCAAAGACUGUUGGGCUACAGGGCGGAGGAGGAGGAGAUGGUGGCGGAAAGACUGCAGUUGUAGUAAAUACAAAUCCUUCACAAACAUACUCUGUACAACGAUCAGCUUCACUCAAAGAUUACAGACAAAUAAGAAAAAAUCCAGUAUCUCCACCUCAGAGUCCAACAAGUCAAACGCCUACAACUACAAGUUCUGCACCAGUUAGAAGGUCAUUUGUGCCGCCAACUCGUGAUGAAGAAAGUGAAACACAGCGAAAAGCUCAUGCCAAACGUGUCCGGGAGACAAGAAGAUCCACCCAAGGAGUGACUCUCGAUGAGAUAAAGAGUGCUGAGGAGUUGGUGAAAAAGAAGAACCUCAACAAUAACAAUUCGAGUGCAAAUAAUGAGAAUCCAGCAACAGUUGCCACAAAUGACAGAGUUCCUGGAUCUGUUGAACAGAAGUCCGGUGGUCAGGUGGCUGCCGAAGUGCCGGCCAAGUCGACAGUAAAAGAGCCUGAGGAGACUGUCACGGCAUCUUAUACACUGACAGCCCCAUUGGCAUCGGCUGGAAAACGUGAUAAUGAUGAUAAAGUUGUUGCCUCGUACACCAUUUCCCCUCCGCCAGCUUCAGUUGCAAAUGAUGUGACAUUCAGAGCGUCAAUUCCGGCGCGUGAGGAUGAGGGUGGAAGAGGCAGUGGGGGAGAUGGUGGUGGCAAAGUGGGCACAACAAUAUCAGCGACCAUCAAUGUGCCUAGUAGCAACAAAAAGACUGAUUUGGAAGAAUUAACGAGAACAGCAUCACCGACUGUUAAGAGUAGUAGUUUUAGAUUUGACAAAUUGGCGAGUGAGCGAAAGGCAAAUGAGGAGAGUGGUAAGCAGGAGGCACCGGAACCGCCAGAGCGUGUUUCGCGCUACAAGAGAUCCCUCUUUGACAUGGACAAUGCCAGUUCGCUGUCACUGGCGGAGAAACUCCGCAAUGAAGCCAAUAAAUACUCAGAGGCUAGUCGUGCCACUGUCAUUUCCACGGCGGCGCCCGAAAAGACGACCAGCGAGGAGAUGGGCAGCAAGGCUGAGACACCACAGUCUUCGCCACUGCAUCAGGCAACUCCCGACAGACGUCCCUCGUGGCGACUAAAGGUUGACACUGGGAGCAAGUUUAAAUUGGAGGAAGUGACGAGUGGUUCGGAUGCGACAGUGGCCACAACGGGCAGCAGUCCUACUGCCACAGUGGCGCCCAGUUUGAGCGUCCAACGACGACCAAAUAGCAUUAUAAGUGGUUCAACGGCCACAACAACCACCACUGUCACCCUCAAUCCGCGUCCCGUGUCCGUGCCCCUGUUGCCCAGUUCAGCUGCCGCCCUCGAGGCCCAGCAAAAUGAUCGGUCACCGUCGAAGGGAACCGCCGUGGUGACCAAUGAUGCGGAGUCGCUGAGACGAUUCAAAAAUAGUGAUGACAAAGAAAAUGAUAAAGAAAAUGAUAGUCGAAGUGUUCAAGCAACUCAAGCAGUUAUUCAGCGACGAAGACGUCCCAAAAGGCGAUCCACUGGAGUCGUUCACGUUGAUAUGGAUGAAAUUGAUCCAGAACGCCAAGAAUCACCAGUUGAUGGCGAUGACAAAGAGUCUGGGAGUGAGCAACCAUCCUCGAGAUCUCGUCUUCAGUCAUCAAGUUCAGUGGAUCAGUCGGAAAGUAAAUCAGAAGCUGGGGACGUUGAGGAGAACGGCGAGUUGAUUGACUAUAAAGCUCUCUAUGAAGCUUCCAGAAUCGAGAUAGAGAAAUUAAAAUCGCAGUUGCAGAAGAAGGAGGAUACACUGCAAAGCACCAAAGCGGCUCUAGAACGAUUCACAAAUGCUACAACCAAAAAUUCAUUGUCUGAACUGGAGAAACGCGAGCGAAGAGCAUUGGAGAGGAAACUAUCAGAAAUGGAGGAGGAAUUGAAGCAACUUGAAGGUCUCAAGACAGAAAAUAAGCGGCUCAAGGAUGAAAAUGGAGCCCUUAUUCGUGUGAUUAGUAAAUUAAGUAAAUGAGAGAUUUUUAAAUUGAAUUCUUUUUAGUAGCUUAUUGUAUCCCUCAUGAAGAAGAAAAGAAAACUCCAAUUUUACAAUUACAAAAAAAAACUACUAUGCGGUAAACUAUGGAGAAAAAGGUGAAUGAAUAGCUAAUCAAAGUUUAAAAAGGCCUUUUCCUUCAGAUUUUUUAAACUAAUAACUAUUGGCGUCGUAAAAUUCAAAGUGUCUAAGAAAAAAAAAAACUAUAUUAUAAAAUCUUUUUUAACAAUAACAAUUUUACAGUAAUGAUAGUCGUAUUUGAUAUUUAAAUAAUAAUUAUGUGUAUUUAAAAAAACAAACAAACAGUGAAAGAAAAAUUUUAUCUUUAAAAUCUGCAGAAAAUGUUCAAAAGAUGGGAGUAUGAACAUGAUUUUAGUGAAUUGAAAAUUUUCGAGGAUUUUUUUGUGUCUUUUAUAAUACAGUAAACUAUUGUAAUUUGAUAUGCGAGAAAAUUGCAAAAGAAAUAACGAAAACAACAAUAAUAAUAAUUUCUACAAUACUUUUUUUCUUUCUUUCAUAAAUAUUAAUUGUGUAACAAAUGUUAGAGAAUAAUUUUUACUGUUGCAUCAAAAUGAAAAAGUAAAUGAAUCAAAGAAAAAUGAUGAGAAAACAACGGAAAAUAAAAAAAAUCUUUUUUUGAGAAAGAAAAGAAUAUGAAACAGUCAAUUAGCAACACAGUAAAAAAAAUCAGUGAAACUUUCAGUUUUUAGCGAGGAAAAAAAAUUAGAAAAGAAUAUUUACUUUUUAAGCUGAGACGAUAAUUAUUAAUUGUAAUAGAGUAUUUUUAGCUGCAAAAAGAAUGAGAGAAAAAAAUUAAUCAAAAUGAUAUUUUUACACGGAUAUAAACGAUAAUGUGGAAUUUUCUGUGCGCGCGCGAUAAGAAAAAUUGGUGGAAAAAAUUAGAGCUUUACCGUAAGGAUUUUUUUUUAAAUGUCUUAUCUUACAAUAAGGUAUUGGAUAAAUAAGCUCCGCCCUGGAAUAUUUUAUCUCCACGCCUAUUUCACGAAUUAUUAAAAAUUAAAGUUGAGAUGUGGUUUGGAGUUGUUUUUUAAUUAAGCGUACAGCCCAUUCUUUACCAAUUUCAAUUCCAGGAUCAUUCAAUUUUUAAAGAACCCUCCUACAAAAAAUAAGCCACGCCCCCUAAUGAACUCAUUCACGUAAUUGAACGUGAAGGUUAUUUGAAAAUUCAUAACUUUUAAAAUGUUUUCUUACAGUAUUAAGUCGGGGCUUUAAAAAGGGCUUCAGCCAAGAAAAAAGCAAACGACAUAAACUCAGAAAUUCAAAAACAAAUAACUAAAUUAUUCACUAAAAUGAGUGUUAAAUUCCAAGGACAUAAUGAAGGAAUGAAUUUUGUGGAACAGCGAGCGAUUUAUCGGCAUUUGCGAAAAAUAAUGCAAUUUCUCGAUUUUUUUUUUGUCAAAAUCGGCGUGAUCUGAUCUGUUCUGAUCUUCUGUUCACAAUCAUUCAAUUUUGCAAUCUUUACGCAAAUGUCUCGCGAUCUAUGUGGAAAAAAUUAGUACUAUCUGGCGAUUAUUUCUAUUACUUGCGCUAAUAUCUGGCGAGCUUUGUGGAACACAUUAUAAGAUCUAUUGAUUUUUGCCGAAAACCGUGCGAUUUAUCAUCCUUUUUGCAAAAGUACGAUCUUCUUCCUUCAAUCACUCAAUUUUACGAUCUUUGCGGAAAAGCCUCUCGAGCUUUUUAUCUCUGUCCAACAUAUUACGCGAUCUAUCAAUCUUUGUUGAAAAAUCAGUGCGAUCUAACGAUUUUUUCAUAAAACCAGCUCCAGGUAAUAUUUUUGCCAAAAUUAUGUAAUUUUGCAAUUUUUCGAUCUUUUCGUAAAUUUCCCACAAUCUGACGAUCUUUGUGGCAGAAAUUCUGCGAUCUAUUGAUCAAAACACAAAAAACGGGAAAAAUUAUCGAUUUAGGGCGGAAUCACAUUGACAGUAAAAUGCUCACCGUAUUUCGUUAAUUUUCGCAUUUUCAUUGCAAUUCUAAUGCAAAUUUUCCAUUACCGUAUUACCUUAUCAUAUAUUCGGUGGAAAUAUGUGAAAAUAAUAUAUGAAAAUUGAAGAAAUAAAACGAAAAUGCGAUAAACGGUGAGCAAAAAAAACUGUACGAAUAAUUUCUCUUACAGUUUUUUUGCUCACCGUUUAUCGAACUUUCGUUUUAUUUCUUCAAUUUUCUUAUAUUAUUUUCACCUAGUGCCAUCGAGUAUGAGAUAAGGCAAUAUGGUAAUGGAAUAUUUGCGUAAGAAUUGCAAUUGAAAUGCGUAAAUUAACGAAAUACGGUAAGGCUACGGCGACCAUUUUAUUGUCAAUGUGAUUCUGGUAAAAAUCAGCGCGAUUUUUAGAUCUUUGUGGAAAUCAUGCAAUCUAACGAUCCUUGUACAAAAAAUUAGUGUGAUCUAGCAAUUUCCCUCUAGAACCAGUGCCACUUUAUGGUAUUUUUGCCAAAGUCAAACUUGCGAUUUUUCCACAAAUGCCUCGCGAUCUUUCCAUCUUUUUGUGGAACAUAUGCAAUCUAUCAAUCUUUGUUAAAAAAAAUUCAGUGUGGAGUGGACUAAUGAUUUUUCCACAAAAACCAACACCAAAAGAAUAUUUUUGCCAAAAUCAUGGAAUUUUUCGAUCUUCGUGAAAAAAUAGCGCAACCUGCCGAUUUUCCUCUCUUAAUCAUGCAAUUUUGCGGUCCUUGAUCACGAUCUGGUGAUAUUUGUGGAACAAUUUCUGCGAUCUAUUGAUUCUUGCGUAAAAACGUGUGAUUUAUCUACCUUUGUGAUAAAAUCAAGAUGAUCUGGCGAUAUUUGUGCCAAAACCAACAAGAUCUAACACGAUUUUUUAACGCGAUCUUCCUUACAUAAAUCUUGUGUAAAUGUCUUACGAUGUGGCGCUUUGUCUGAAAUGUUGUGCAAAAACCAGGAUUAUCCGGUAAACUUUUUUCUCGAAAUCGGCGAAAUCUGACGAUCUCUUUGCUACAAUAAUGCAAAUAUUUAUCCCUUGCAAUCUAUGGACUAUUGUGCGUUGCAGCGAUCAUUUAUGCACAAUUAAGGGAGAUAAGAUAAAUUUAUUCAUCAGCAAUUGUUUUCGAAGUACAGUUUCGUUUUUACGAGAUGCUGUAGACCGCCGUCUUAGCCGUCAGCGGCGACCGCCGUCUUAGCGUUGCUUUCGAAGUUCCAGAACAAAACGGUGGAAAAGUUUUUUUUUCUAAGAUUGUAUGUGCCAGUGAUGUAAGAGCAUGAUCGACUUUUUCGAACACAAAAUCCCAGUAAAAUAAAAGAAAAAAACAAAAACAGAAGAUUCUGUAAGGCAUUUGGCACAAAAUCCCAUGAUAAAAAGAGGAACAUAAACCCUAAUCUUGAUAUAUUUGUAAAAUAUAUCACUUAAACAGAAGUUUUUAGAGUUGUUAACCUGAAGAAUAUGUUCCUGGUCUCAAACUAUAAAGCUACUCAAAAUAUUCAGUGUUUCUGUCAGUUUUUUAAGGGAAUUGUAUUCAUCGAAGUCAAUUUUUCUCAUUAUUUAAUUUAUUCGAGAUAGAAAACAUACGUUGCGAUAAAAAUCGUCUUCCGUAAACCAGCAUAGAUCUUCCUAAAUCAAAAGAUCAAUUUGAGAACUUCCUAAUUACACCUUCCAAAGCUUCCAUCUGGGUAUCUUCCAAAUUUAGUAGCAGAUCUUGAAGAAAGAGUCAUGCAAAAAGUGCCUUUUCUGAAUCAUUGGGAUCUAGAAGCAUUUAUCUAAAUUCUCUAAAACGUUGUAAACUAAGGGUAUGACCUAGAGAUGGUAAAAUUUCAGAAAUUUCACAGCAGUCGCCACCUACUUUAGGCGGAAAUUCGUGAAAUUUCUUAAAAUUUAUCAACUCUAGUAUGACCAUUCUAAGUAGUAGAAUUUAUCAAAUUCGGUUUUAGUCUUUGUCAAACUUUUUAUUAAAAAAAAACAACAGGAUCAUGAUUGCCUUAGCAGAUCGUUUUUAUGCAGUAUUGCUCAAUAUUAAUUGUCUUUAUGUACAGAGAGUUGUCAAUCAGACUAAAUGAUACUACCGGCUCAAUUGUACGCACUGAGCCCAAACAGAAGUAGAUUUUGCUUCUCCAAUAGUGUCUUGGAUGAAAGGUAAAUGGAGCUCUAAUUGCACAAAAAAUCGUUGAAGUUCGAAGAAUUCAAAUUCAAUUUCGAAUUUUCAUACUAAAUUUUCGAACAAGGUGGAAAAAAUUUAUCAAAUAUCACACUAGAAAGCUGGCAAAAGUGUUACUCAGUGAUUAUGGACUGAUUAAAUACUGGAACAAGAACAGUAGACGUCAUUGUUCUGUAUUUUUUUCCUCAGAAAAUGUAAAGACCGUCACAUUUUGACACUUGAGCACUUCGAAAUUUGAACAGGAUGUAACUCCUGCCACCUUCCGAAAGUAUUAAGAAGUAAGAAAUUUGGAUCUUCAAAUAGAUUUUCGAAUUUUUCAAGAUCAACUUCUGUACGGAAAAACUAUAUCGUUCUCAAAAUAUCGCAACUCUGAGUUUUCGAUUGAAGUGCAAAAUGCAAUUGGUUAAGGUCGUGUAGCAAAUCAAGCACAGCAUGUGGCCUCUAGUAGCUCAGUUGGCAGAGCACUCAUCUAGUUAACGAGAGGUCUCCAGUUCGAUCCUGAGUGGAUGCAGGAAUUUUUCCUAUCUCCACUCUGGAGAAGACUGGACUUAUCCAUCGUCGUCUUAAAACUCUUCAGAACCUCCAGCAGAAAACCUUCGGGAGGUUUCUUCGUUGGUUUAAAGUGGUUCAAUUUUAAAGCCUAGCCGAGUUUAUAAGGCUUUCGUAUUUAAUUCAAGCAGAAACUGAUAAAAUCGUGCUUUAAUGAGGAUCAUUUGUCUAUUAUGUUUAUGACUAGCUCAAGGGGGCGUGGCUUAAUUUUCCAUGAAUACGUUUUUUCACACUAGCUCACGAUCGAAAUCCUUGAAUGCCUUAGGAAAGCAACAAUCCCAGCGAGCACAGUUAGCUGAAAAAAGCAGUGUUUUCAGCAUAUUUUUGCUGAGUAUCAGCAAAAUAUGCUGACCGGUAAGCAGUUCUAGAAUAAAAACUGCUAACCAAAUAUAUUGAAAAGGCACUACUUCGCGAGUUUCAUUUUAAGGUUAACAGAAUUCAGCUGAAAAUAUAUACGUUUUCAGCUGAAUUGAACUUACAGGAUUUAAGCUAAAAGGGGCGUGACUUAAAACUACUUGGGCGGAGCUUACUCAGUAGUUACUAUAACUACUCUCCUGUAAAAUAUGCAAUUAAAAAAAAACUACGGUAAAGUAAAGAUAAAAACUUAUUUGUGAGUAAAAUAAAAAUUAGAGGAGAAAACGAAAUAUUUUUGCUAAAUGACAAAAAUGCGUCCAAAAUUUUUUACCUAAAAAAAACCUCGAAAUUGUAGCAUCAAAAUUGCAAAUUUUUCACAUCGAGGAAUAUUUCUUUAAUUUUUCGGAAGAAUCUUUUUGUUAAGUGUCCAAACCUAAGAGUAAAUCUUUUACCGAUCUCGAAUGUUUUUUUUUUUUUUUAAUUUGUUUAGCAUUUCGCAAAAGAGCAAAAGAAAUUGUUAUUUUUUCUAUAAAAAAAAACUCAUCGAAAUUGUGCAAGAAAAUUAAAGUAUUUUCUUGCCUGAAGGAUGAAACAGGAGAAAAAAACACAGAGUUUAUUUCAAGAGAUAAAAAAGGUGUUAUUUAGUAGCUGUAUUUUACUCAUUUUACCCUAUUUUGUAGGUUUCUUUCUUCAAUUUAAGAGUAUUAGCCAUUUAUUUAUUUUCUUUUCUCACUUGUAUUAAAAAUAAAGUAAAGCAAAAAAAAGUUGAUAAAAUGCAAAGAAGAAAAGGAGGAAUGUGUUGCCUUGAAGAACAACACAAUGAACAAAAAAAAACCACUUUAAUAAUACAAUUUGCAUUGUAAUAAUUUUUAAAUUAAUAAAUUUCUCGUCUGAAAAUGUGAA